AUGACGGUCGCGGGUCUCGACGAGACGGGCGCGUACUCGCAGCUCAACGUGCUGCGCGACAACGGCGGCCAGUUCAAGGGUGCCGACGGCAAGUUCGAGUUCAAGAUCAACCCAAUGUCAAGUGGGACGACGGUAAGGUACGAGAAUGAUCGAGUCUUCCGCGAGACGAUGCAGAAGAUCGACGAGUACACCGCGCAUUUGCUCCCGGUUCGUCUGGUGGAGGUGCUCUAUCCAGGCGCCCGCGAUGAGGCCAUGUACGCCGCGGUGAUGCAACAGCCGCAGUACUCUCUCUCGUCAACCUUCGCCAUCGAGGUCGCCCUGGCCAUGUCGUGCAAGGCGAACCUGCGCGAGGAGGACGAGCUCUACGCCACCUUGGGCCACUCGGUGGGCGAAUUUGCCUCUGCCGUCAUCUCCGGCGCGCUCUCACUCGAAAGCGCGACAGCGCUGGUCUGCGAGCGCGGCCGCCUGAUGGAGCAGCACCCGACGCGCGGCUCAAUGAUGGCGGUUCGCGCCUCCUCCACGGACGCGAACCGCGCCAUCGACAGGGCUGGCGAGCGCGGCCGCGUUGUUGUCGCUUGCGACAACGGCCCUCGCGCAGCCGUGCUGUCUGGUAAGUGGGGGGCAUUGUCGACGGUGCUGCAGGGGCUUGCCCCUGGUGUUCAAGUGACGCGUGUCUCCGCGACUCACGCUGACCACUCUCCGGCCAUGGCGCCGCUGGCGGCGCUACUCGGCGCUUACGCGGUUCAGCUGUACGCGCAGGAGAAGCCGCAGUCGCCAGAGGUGCUCUGGGUGUCGACCGUCACCGGGCAUGCGAUGGCCGAGGAGAAUGCCAUCGAUCCGAUGCACUGGUCGCGGCAUUUCACCGCGCCCGUGCUCUACCAGGACGCGCUGAGCACGCUUCUCGAGGGCUGCUCCGAGACGGGUCGCCCCACCGUCGUCCUGGAGAUGGGAGAGGGCAUGCUCGAGCGCUUUGGAGCACAUACCUCCAUCGAGUUCGCCGUCGCCGCCUUGCGCUUCGUACCGCUCCUCGCGCGGGGCGAUACGACCGUGCAGUCGGUGUACCAACGCAUGCGCGGCGAGGCAGCGGCCGAGGCGGCCAACGUCGAGGCGGUGGGGCUUGAUGUGCCGCUCAUGGACGCGGGCCUGGACUCGGAGGCGGUCCCGCAACUAGUGCGCUCUCUUUCUCGGAUGAGCCACCUCUCCGGAAUGGACAGCUCGGACGUGAACGCUUCGCUGAUCUUCGAGGAGGGGAGCGUGCGAGCAAUCGCAGCGCGCAUGUCGAGCGAUGGCAGUGCGUCGAUCGCGGCGGGCGCAGCGAAUCUGCCUCUCGAUGUUGCGCCCAUCGACUCGAGCGAGUACGCUGUGGGCAGCCAGACUACGUCGGGAGUCGCCGGUGGCGUGAGCUCGUUUGGGUACAGCGGCACCAUUGCCCACGCCGUGCUCGAGGCGGCGCCGCCCUCUCUCGGCACGAGCAGCCCGCCGCCGCUCGCCUACGCUUGUCGCCGUUUCGCGUGGCGCGAGGCGCCCCACCCGCUCCUCCAGCGGCGAGAGGCGGACGCCGACGGGCGGCAGGCCGACGCCUUCUCCUCGCCGGCCGGCGGGCCCCUCCUCGCCCUCGUCGCCGACCACGUCGUGCGGGGCCGCGUCGUCUUCCCCGCCGCCGCCUACCUCGAGAUGGCUCGCGCGGCGUGCGUCUCCCUCUCCGGCGGCGGCGGAGGCGCGUCGCUGCGGCGCGUCUUCUUCCUGCAGCCGCUCGUGCUGGACGGCGGCCUGAGCGAGGCGCGGGUGCGGGUGGGCGUGAUCAAGGAUCGGUUCGAGGUGGCCUACGAGAGAGGCGGCGAGGCGUCGACGGCUCACUGCGCCGGCGACGCGUCGGCCGCGUCGGGCCAUCUCCCUGGCCUCUCGCUCGCCGCGGCUCGCGCCUCGUGCGGCGAGGCGGUCGACGCCGCCUCGCUCUACUCGCUUCUCCGCUCGGUCGGCCUCGAGUACGGCCCUCGGUACCGCACGCUCGAGGAGGGCACUCGCGUCCACCCGGCCGACCUCGACGGCUCGCUGCACCUGUCCUCGCUGCUCGCCGAGGCUGAGGAGGGCGAGACGCGGCUGCCCUUCUCUGUGGGCGAGGCGGCGCUGGCGGAUGCGAGCGGCACGGCGUGGCCGGUGGCGGAGCGGGAGGGCGUCGGGGCGGUCGGGGUGGUCGUCGCCAGCGGCGCCGGCUCGGCGGGCGUGCGCCUGGCCGGCUUCGAGUCGCGUGCGCUCAAGGCGUCGUUGGGGGCUGCGCCGGCGGCGAGGGCGACGCACCUGUACGUCACCUCGUGGGAGAGGAGUGCUGAGGCGUUCGAGGCUGCGCCGGCCGCGCUGGUGGUGCACGCGGCGCCUUCUGGGAAGCGCGGCGGCGCAGCUGCAAGCGGCGCACCAGUCUCGAGGCCACCGCCCUCCUCCCUGCUCCUAGCCACCAGCCUCGCCGGCGGCGCCCUCGCCUCUGACGCUCUCGCCGGUCUCGCCUCUUCCUUUGUCGCCGCCCGAGCGCACACGCUGGCCGCGGCAUCGGCGCCGGUGUGGAUGCUCACCUCGUGCGCCCUCGCCGCCCACCCGACGGCGGCCGGAGCCUCGAGCCACGCCGGGCUGCUGGGCCUGGCCCGCUCAGCGCGCGCCGAGGCGCCGGCGUCGCGCCUGCCGAUCAUCGACCUGGACGUGCUCCGGCCGGGCACGGCCGAGCUGGCGGCGGUGUCGAAGCUGGCCGGCAAGCUCGGCCUCGGCUACAACGGCACGCCCGAGCCCGAGGUGGCCUUUGACGGCUCGAGCCAGCGCGUGCCGCGCCUGACCGAGGCGGCCGGCUCGCUGGGCGGCCCGAUCCGGCUCCACUUUGACGCGAGAGGGGCGAUAAGCAACCUGAGGCUGGUGCCGCAGGAGGGCGACGAGUCGGGGCCAGCGCACGGUGAGGUCAAGCUGCGCGUCGGCGCGGUCGGCCUCAACUUCCGGGACGUGCUCAACUCCGACGCGCGCCUGAUGGCGGCCAUCACCGACUCGCUCUCGUUCGAUCAGGCGUGCACUCUGCCGACGACGUGGAGCACGGUGCACAUGUCGCUGCUCGCGGCCCGGCCGGCGGCUGGCCACGACGUGCUUCUGCACGCCGGCGCUGGUGGUGUCGGCCUGACCUCGCAAGAGUACUGCUACUUCAUCGGCAACCGCGCGAUGGCGAACGUCGGCCGGCCGUACAAGCACUUCUACCUGCACAAGAUGGGCCUCGCCGGCCGCACGCUCAGCUCGCGCAACGGCAGCGCCUUCGCGCUCGGCGCGUCGAAGCUGCUCGGCUCCCGCCGGCUGCGCUUCUCGCUCAACAGUCUGUCUACGGACUUCAUCGCGUGCACCUUCGCGCUGCUGCGGCAGGACGGCGCGCUCUGCGAGAUCGGCAAGCGGGCGGUGUGGAGCUACGAGCGGCACGAGGCGGCGUGCUCCAACAGCUUCACGAUGAUCGCGCUCGACUCGACGAUCGACCAGACGCCGUGGUGGAUGUGCGGCACGCUGCGGACGCUGUCGGCGCGUGCGGAUGCCUCCGUGCUCCACGGCCUGCCCAUGCAGCUCUUCGACCUCGAGAGGGACGUCCUGGCCGCCUUCCGCACGCUCCAGAGCGGCACCAACACGGGCAAGGUGGUGGUGCGCAUCCCGAAGACGGCCCCGACGCCGCCGCGCGGGGCCCAUCUGCUCUCUGGCGGCACGGGCGGCCUCGGCCUGGUCACGGGAAGGUGGCUCGGCGAGAGCGGCGCCUCUUCGGUGGUGCUCGCGGCCCGCGGCGGCAAGGUCGCCCCCGCGGACGGCGAGAAGCUCAAGAAGAUCGCCAGCUGCAGCUUCAGCGUGGUCAAGUGCGACGCGGCCGAGCUGACGGACACGGCUCGCAUG